AAGCCCUGGCACCACAGAGUUUGAAUCCUUGACGGCUGCUUCUCAUCCUUCUGAGUGCGGAGGAGGAACCCCUGGCUCACUCUGGGUACCCCUCCACCUGAGGACCUUAGGAGAAGGGAUUCCCUCGCGGAGCUGCAACCAACCCUCUGAGCAGGUGCCCGUGGAGCCAGGGGAUGGAUCCAAACCCUGGCUUGCUUCCUCCUCUGUCCCGGGCUUGCUCCCACCUGGCACAGCCCUGUAUGGAAGGCGAGAGAAGCCCAGUCCCCCGAGAGAAGGCCGGAGGCUCCCCCUUUGCCUGGAGCCCAGUCCCCAGCUCUAGCUUUGCCGACCCUGACUGGUUCUGGGAUGAGAAUAUCCAGGCAAAGAGGGCCAGAGUGGAGACCAUCGUCCAAGGCAUGUGCCUCUCUCCCAACGCUCUGCUGCCAGACGGUGCUCGAGCCAGGGAGGCUGCAUGUUGCCCAGAGAGGGCGCGGGAGCGGAAGAGGAAGCAGAGCCUUCCCGUGCAGCAAGGCCCCCUGAAGCCAGGCCCUGCUGGGAACCAUGACAGCAGGAAAGGGGGCCCUCGGGUGAGAGAACAGCUCCAUCAGCUGAAGCAACAGCUAAGACAUUUACAGAAGCACAUCCUGCAGGCUGCUGAGCCCAGGGACGCGGCUCAGGGCCCAGGAGGCUCCGAGACGGACAAGGGCCCUCUGAGUGUGAAGCAGAGGAAGGGCUAUGGAUCUAGGCCCUGGGUGGUGGGCAGUGACCACUACCAGGGCUCCCGUGGGGACCUCUCCAGAGAGGAAAAACACAGGGCAUCCGACGUGGAAUACGAGUCUGAGGAGCCCAGGUUCCUUCCGUGUGGAGCACGGGCUUUGCUGGAGAUUCUGAGGAAAGAGUUGACCGAGGCAGUGUCCCAAGCUGUGGACUCAGUAUUACAAAAGGUACUGUUGGAUCCCCCAGGCCACCUGACUCAGCUGGGCAGAAGCUUCCAGGGGCUUGUGCCAGAGGGGAGAAGUGAGCCCUCCCCUCCCGAGAGAGGUGCCUGUAAAGAUCUCUUUCCUUUGGCCACCUUGCCCAGGAGGGCCCAGCCACUGACCGGGGUCCCACUGCGAAACUUAUCCCUGGCCAAGUCCUUGGAUCCUCCUAGGUACCCUGUCUCCCUGAGGAUGAUCUCCAGAUCCUGUCAGGGUCCCCCAGCAAACUGCCCUUUGACCACACCUUCCCAAGUCCAGGAAAAUCAGAUUCUCCGCCAGCUACUGGGGUGUGGACCCAGCAGUCACUGGAGCAGCAGUCUGCCCCAGGACUCGUCUUUCCAAAGCCAUCCCUCCUCAGAGUCCGCCCUGCGACCUUGGGGAGCAGCCAGACUGCGGCCAUCGGUUCUGAGGCAGCAGCAGUACCCCUUGCCCUUCGCUUCCCCGCCUUUGGAAAGACUGGCCCUCCUUCCCUCAGUGAAGCUGGAACAGGGUGGCCUGCAGGCUGCCCCGGAUGUGCUGUCUUUACCUUCAGUCCAUUUUUCCUUGACGCUGAGAUAAAUCCAGGAGGGCCUAAAUCCCGGUCACUUGAAGAAGGCCAAACUGAUGUUUUUCUUCACACGCUACCCCAGCUCCAACCUCCUGAAGGCUUACUUCCCUGAUGUCCAGUUCAACCGCUGCAUAACCUCCCAGAUGAUCAAAUGGUUCAGCAACUUCCGUGAGUUUUAUUACAUCCAAAUGGAGAAAUUUGCCCGGCAAGCGAUUUCAGAUGGUGUCACAAACCCCAAAACGCUGGUGGUACUCCGCAACUCAGAACUUUAUCGAACUCUCAAUAUGCACUAUAACAAGGGAAAUGACUUUGAGGUACCAGAUUGCUUCUUGGAAAUUGCCAGUUUGACGUUACAGGAGUUCUUCAGGGCUGUCUCCGCGGGGAAAGACUCAGAUCCUUCCUGGAAGAAACCCAUUUAUAAAAUUAUUUCGAAACUGGACAGUGACAUCCCAGAGAUAUUCAAAUCUUCCAACUAUCCUCAGGAGCUGUUUCGGAACUAAGAUCCCAUAAAGUGAGGAGCAACUGGCCAGGGUUUCCUGGGUUUGUCUUAAAUGGCAGUCAGUAUAGCUGUAGGCAUAUAAAAAGGGCAUAAGGAGAAACCCCCCACAUAGGUACCAUUACCAUUUCUGGUACUUUAUUUCCUUUUUCAGAAUCAUUACAGGCAUAAUCUUAACUAUAAAAUAUAUCAACC